GCACUCGAAUAUCUGAAAAAUAUUUAUGUUAUGUUCGCAGUUCAGUAAAGACUCGCAUAGUGUAAACUUGUCAUUCAAAUAGAUUUUAUAUAAAUCAUGAACUGCACCGAUGCAACGUACUCAAAUAACGGUUUUGUCAAUGAGAAUGGUGAUGAAUGUGAAAAAACUGCAUCUUCAGAGGAGAUAUGGAAAGCACAAGAUGAAAAUGUUGGUCCAAUUGCCGACUGUGAAUAUGAUCCGUAUCUACACCGUACGGUUGAACAUCCUUUAACAAACACCGAAACCUUACUUCAUUUGCUUAAAAUUGCCCUGGGAACGGGAAUUUUUGCUAUGCCCAAAGCGUUCAGUAAUUCUGGAUAUGUAGUUGGUACCGUAGGAACUAUAGUUGUUGGAAUAAUCACAACUUAUUGUGUACACGUGCUGGUCAAGAUCCACUAUAUUUUGUGCCAACGAACGAAGGUGUCCAGUUUGUCGUAUCCAUUAAUUGCUGAAGCGGCUGUGCUAUCUGGUCCUCCAUGUUUCCGCAAUUUUGGUCCGUUUAUGAUACAACUCGUCAAUGUCAUAUUUCUUAUAUGCGAAAUUGGAGCAUGUUGUAUUUACGUUGUCUUUAUCUCAUCGAAUGUUAAAGAACUGACUGAUUAUUUCUUUACACUUGACACCGAUGUCCGAUGGAUUAUGUUAAUCCUCUUACUGCCGUUGAUUUUUAUCAAUUGGAUUCGAAAUCUUAAAUUUUUGGCACCACUGUCCAUAAUCGGAACGGCCGUUACGCUCAUAUCGUUUGGUAUCAUUUUCUAUUACUUGUUUCGUGAACCGUUGUCGCUUGAUGGAAGGGAAGCUUUUGGAAGCAUUGGUCAUUUCCCAAUGUUUUUCGGUACGGCUCUAUUUUCGCUGGAAGCUGUCACUGCCAUUAUCCCAUUGGAAAACGAAAUGAAAUCGCCGGAAAAAUUUGUAGGUGCAACGGGAAUUCUGAACAGGGCCAUGGUUGUUGUUGUUUCAUUUUUUGUUUGUAUGGGCUUGUGUGGCUAUUUAAAAUAUGGCAACGAAAUAGAAGCAUCGAUAACGCUGAAUCUUCCGAAACAUGAACUGCCCGCUCAAAUAGCUAAGGCGCUCUUAAGUUGUGCUAUUUUCAUUUCUAAUGCAGUUGUAACUCAGGUGGCCAUUGAUUUGGCAUGGACACAAUAUUUUGUUCACAGGCUAGCUAAUAGUCCAAGGAAAUUGGUUUGGGAAUAUGCGUUACGAACGUCUAUCGUUUGCGUAACGGUUCUGUUAGCUAUAGCCAUUCCAAAUUUGGAUCUAUUUAUAUCGCUGAUUGGCGCAUUAACAUUGUCGACACUAGGUUUAACGCUACCAGCAUUUCUUGAAUGCUGUACCCUGUGGCACUCAACAUCCGGUACAUCUCGGGCUCUCUUGAUAAGUAAGAAUAUGAUAAUUGCAUGUAUUGGAUUAGCUGGACUAAUAAUUGGCACAACAAUCAGCUUGAUAGCUAUUGUACAGCUGUAUUUGCAAUAAAUGUUUUUGAAUUGAUUGACUUACGAAAUCUGUGCGUUGAAUAUGAGAAAUUUUAAUAUUUAAUAUGGUCCAGAGAUUGCUAA